AGUGAAAGAUGUACGGUGACAAAUAAUUUUCAUGAUCUCACGCAUAUGCCAUUUUAGAGUUAGAAAUUCCAGACUAGGGAUGAGAUUUCAGAAUGGUGGUGGCACGGGGAAGAGGGAACUCUUUGUCAGAUUGCGCGUCGUUCUCUAAUAUUAAAUAGUUACAGAUAAUCUUAUUGUGCGUGAUUUGGUUGGUUUAUUAUUACGACAAACGUAUAUAUAAUUAAUGCUUUCCCAUGUAACUUGAUUUUUUAAUCUGGUUUUUACCAAAAAUAAGUGUUGCUCUCAGAGUAUACAUAUAUACAUUUUAAGAAAUAUAUCGAGGCAUACAGGAGUCUGAUCAAACUUGCCAAUUUUUACCGAAUGACAAUGGUAACAGGACCUACUGAACAUGGAAUACAAGCUGAUGUUAUAUUUGUCAUUGAAGGAACAGCCGUUAAUGGCGCGUACCUUAAUGAUCUUAAAACAAAUUAUGUUAUUCCUACAUUAGAAUAUUUUAGUCAAGGUGGCAUAGAAGACAGGGAAUAUGUCUCUGAGAAUAGCACAACGUUGUAUGGAAUAGUUGUUUAUCAUGCUGCCGAUUGCUUACCAUCACCUUGUACAGACACUUUUGGACCUUAUUCAACUCCUCAUAAGUUACUGAUGAUUCUGGAUAAACUUGAAAUGGUUGGUGGAAAGGGAGAAUCCUAUGCAAACAUAGGUGAAGGCCUUGCAACUGGAUUACAGUGUUUUGAAGACUUGCAAGUAAGACGAGAUCCAAAUUCUGCAUCGCAGAAACAUUGUAUCUUGAUAUGUAAUUCUCCUCCAUAUCAAACUAUGAUUCAAGAAUCUUAUAAAUUUGCUGGUCAUACUAUUGAACAAUUGGCUGCCAUCUAUCAAGAGAGAAAUAUUAACAUUUCUAUAUUAUCACCAAGGAAGAUUCCAGCAUUGUACAAGUUAUUUGAAAAGGCUGGCGGAGAUUUACAAUCAUCGCAAACGAAAAACUAUGCGAAAGAUCCGCGACAUUUGGUACUGCUGCGAAAUUACAACUUAAAGGAAAGACCCGUUAGUCCGCAAAUGGGCGGUAAUGUUCAUAACACAACUAGCGUAACGCAGAUCCCUCUAAGUCCAUUACAGAGCAAUGACAGUCCGAACACUAAUCAAGUACAACAGAACAUUGCCCCGCCGAAUCAGCAGCAAGGUCCUCCCUUCAGGAAUCAAACUCCUCAGAAUAUUGCGGUCCAUCAGACCGUACCAUCAAGCAUGGCGGCACCGAUGAACACGGCACGACCAUCUUACAAUCCACAAAUAGCCGCGCCAUCGAAUUAUCAUCCACCAGGAGUAAACAUAGCCACGAGGGCUAGAUGGAUGCGACCACCGUUUAUAGCACCGGGUGCUACUGCGCCUGCAAAUGCACAAGGGAGCGCCUUAAUAGCACAAUUGACACAGCCACCUUCGUCGUUGGGACUCAAUGUAGCCGCAUUUGGUCAAAUAGCUGGCAAUAAUGUUAUGGCGGCUAAUCCACAACAACAACAGCAACAACAGCAGCAACAACAACUCACUCAACAACAGCAACAGUUAAGAUUGACAAUGCAGCUGCAACAGCAAAAUGCUCAACAGGCUACCAUGUCCAUGGCCACACAACCGACUCACAGCCAACAGGGAUCACAACUUACUGUGUCUUGCAUUAGCCAAUCCGUGCCCACUCAAGUGCCACAGACUGUCACAGCUUCGCAACAAGCGCCAGUCUCGGUGUCUUCCAUUACACAACAGAUUACUCAUCCUCAAACCCAAGGUACCGUAUCUACUGGUACUGUCCAAAGUCAACAACUCGUGCAACAACGCGAACGCCAAACCAUCUGGCAAGGCAUCGUGGAAUGGAUCGAAAAGGCUAAAAAUCCUACGGAUGCGCAAAAGCAAACGAGACAUGUUCCGUGUCAAGUCUCGGCUAAUUCAAAAGAUGGAGAUCCAGAAUUGAAAGCUGAUACGUGGCCGUCGAAAUUGAUAAUGCAAUUGAUGCCGAAACAAUUGAUAGGAAAUAUCGGUGGAUCUUAUCUAAAAAAUUCUAAAUCCGUUCUUUUUCAUCCAACGCCGUGUGAAGCAUUAGAAUCCUUGACGAAAAUGAUGAGCGCUGGAUUUGCAGGAUGCGUUCACUUCACCUCUGUUCCAUCGAGUCCGGCUUGUGAGAUAAAAGUACUUAUACUUUUGUACACUGCAGAAAAAAAAACGUAUUUAGGUUUUAUUCCGAACGAUCAAACGGCUUUUGUAGAUCGUCUUCGCAAGGUAAUACAACAGCAAAAAACGUCUCACGCUUCUAUGAGGCAGGGACAAGCUAAUCCUGGUCCGGGAAAUACAAUUCCCGCACCUAUGCCUACUACAGGUACGCAAGGUGGUAUUCUUAUGUCUCAAACGAAUACAAUGGCAAUGGGGGGUGGCCAAAUAACGCAGAAUGUUGUAUCUACUAAUGCUCCUCCGCAAACCUUAACUUCGACUAGUGGCCCGCAAACUCAAAUGAACAUGCAGAAUAGUGGAAUAAGUGGUCCACAAGCGAAUACUGGUGCCGGUGGUAUGAUCGGACAGCAACGACCUCCGUUUGAUGAUAUAGAGAUGGCUAGACAUCAAAAUUUGUUGAAAAUUCAACAUUUGAGACAAACGUUAGAAGCUGCCCAACAGCAAGAAGCCCAAUAUAAAUCUCAAUUGGAAGUAAAUAUUCAACAAAAUUUAGAAGUAGCCCAACAACAGGAAAUGCAAUAUAAACAACAACUUGAGGCGCAGCAGGCACAGAGAGGUCUGAAUCCUGCUGCUAUGUCCAAUCAACAGGCAAAUACUCAAAGAUUAAUGCGUCCUGUCUCUACCAACAAUCUUGGUCUCAGACAUUUAUUACAGCAACCACAACCUCAGUACAGACAAGUGUUUGGAGUGCAACAACAAAUGGUGGGUCCAAGGGGACAGAUAGCAACAAGGCCAAUGGCACCUGGUAAUGCACAAAAUCAACAGUUUGAGGAUGUAUCGAAUUAUGACUUUCUUGGCUGAGCAUCAUCGAUAAAUCUCUUAUUUUUUCUUCUUUUUUAAAUUAUUAUUUAGUAGUAUUUAAUAUUUUAAAAAAGUUACACGAUUUUUUCACAUUUCGUGCAUUUUAAUAAGUGGCUAGGGAUUUGUAUAUAGGAAUCUAUAAAAAAUACAUACAUGCACGAAAUAGGCACAAGAGUAUUAAAACAUUUGCAAUAUUGGAAUAAGAUUCUAUGAAUUUGGGUUGAGUGUAAUGAUAAGUUAUAUGGACAAUAUUAUGUAUUUAUUUUAAUUGCAAUCUUUAUUAAUUGAUUGUAUGUUUCAUACAUUAACGUAAUAUCAAGACAAGGAAGAUAAUAUAUAUCAUUUUUAAAUAAUAUAUAUAGAUUUUUAAGAGAGGAAGACAAAAAAUUGUACAGUUAUAAAAAUGUAGUAUCCGACAACUUUUGUUGUAUAUAAAACAAAAAUUUGGAGGAAAAAAUUAUAAUUGUGUGAAGAGAAUAAUUAUAUAAGCAUAAAUCUCAUAUUAUUUGA